AUGAUAUAAUAGAUUAAAAAAUAUUACAAAUUAGAAGAAUUUUUAAACUCUUCACUAUAAUCUCACUAGGUUCUCGAUAUUGACCUGAUUUGCAAUAAAAUUUAUGGAAUAGGUGUAUCAAGCUUAGGUUCUGCUUUAGCAAAUUGCACUAAUCUCUCAAAUUUGAUACUUAAUCUUUAGACUAAUUAAAUUGGUGAUUAAGGUGCCUUAUGCUUAGGUUCAGCUUUAGCAAAUUGCACUUAUCUCUCAAAUUUGGCACUUAAUCUUUUUGAAAAUUAAAUUGGUGCAACAGAUGCAUCAGGUUUAGGUUUUGGUUUACAAAAUUGCACUAAUCUCUCAAAUUUGACACUUAGUCUUAACAGUAAUAAAAUUGGCGAUUAAGGUGCAUCAUGCUUAGGUUCUGCAUUAGCAAAUUGCACUAAUCUCUCAAAUUUGACACUUAAUCUUUAGAUUAAUUAAAUUGGUGCAACAGGUGCAUCAGGCUUAGGUUCCCCUUUAGCAAAUUGCGCUAAUCUCUCAAAUUUGACACUUAAUCUUUUCUCCAAUCAAAUAGGUGCAAAAGGUGCCUCAGGCCUAGGUUUUGCUUUAUCAAAUUGCACUAAUCUUUCAAAUUUGACACUUGAUAUUAGCUCAAAUAAAAUUGGUGCAACAGGUGCAUCAGGCUUAGGUUCUGCUUUACCAAAUUACACUAAUCUCUCAAAUUUGACACUUGAUUUUAGCUACAAUUAAAUUGGUGAUUAAGGUACAUCAGUCUUAGGUUCUGCUUUAGCAAAUUGCACUAAUCUCUCAAAUUUGGCUCUUAAACUUGAUUAGAAUUAAAUUGGUGUAAUAGGUGCAUCAAGCUUAGGUUCUUCUUUAGCAAAUUGCACUAAUCUCUCAGAUUUGACACUUAAUCUUUACUACAAUUAAAUUGGUGAUUAAGGUACAUCAAGCUUAGGUUCUGCUUUAGCAAAUUGCACUAAUCUCUCAAAUUUGACACUUGAUUUUAGGACUAAUUAAAUUGGUGCAACAGGUGCAUCAGGCUUAGGUUCUGCUUUAGCAAAUUGUGCUAAUCUCUCAAAUUUGACAAUUAAUCUUUAUGAAAAUUAAAUUGGUGAUUAAGGUACAUCAGGCUUAGGUUCUGCUUUAGCUAAUUGCACUUACCUCUAAAAUUUGACACUUAAACUUGACUACAAUUAAAUUGGUAAUUAAGGUACAUCAAGCUUAAGUUCUGCUUUAGCAAAUUGCACUAAUCUCUCAAAUUUGACACUUUUUCUUUCGUGUAAUAAAAUUGGUGAUUAAGGUGUUUCAUGCUUAGGUUCUGCUUUAGCAAAUUGCACUAAUCUCUCAAAUAUAACACUUGAUCUUAAUGAAAAUUAAAUUGGUGCAAAAGGUGCAUCAGGCUUAUCUUUUGGUUUACAAAAUUGCACUAAUCUCUCAAAUUUGACACUUUAUCUUGAGGUUAAUUAAAUUGGUGCAACAGGUGCAUCAGACUUAGGUUCUGCUUUAGCAAAUUGCACUAAUCUCUCAAAUUUGGCACUCUAUCUUAACUCAAAUAAAAUUGGUGCAAAAGGUGCACAAGGUUUAGGUUAUGGUUUAGCAAAUUGCACUAAUCUCUCAAAUUUGACACUUGAUCUUAGGACUAAUUAAGUUGAUGCAAAAGGUUCAUCAGGCUUAGUAUCUGGUUUAGCAAAAUGCACUAAUCUCUCAAAUUUGACACUUAAUCUAAGUCGCAAUAAAAUUGGUGAUUAAGGUACAUCAGGCUUAGGUUCUGCUUUAGCAAAAUGCACUAAUCUCUCAAAUUUGACACUUGAUCUAAGCAAAAUGCACUAAUCUCUCAAAUUUGACACUUGA